GAGAGCGCCGCCCACCCAUCCGGGCCCGAGCGCGCCGGGAGAGGCUGGCUGGCCGGGGCUGCCCGGGCCCUCGACCCCCGCCGUGGCCCCGCGGCCCCAGCCCGCCCCCACGAUGAUGAAGAGGCAGCUGCACCGCAUGCGGCAGCUGGCCCACACGGGCAGCUUGGGACGCACCCCCGAGACCGCUGAGUUCCUGGGUGAGGACCUGCUGCAGGUGGAGCAGCGGCUGGAGCCAGCCAAGCGAGCAGCCCAUAAUGUCCACAAGCGACUGCAGGCCUGUCUGCAGGGCCAGAGCGGGGCCGACAUGGACAAGCGGGUGAAGAAGCUUCCCCUCAUGGCUCUAUCCACCACAAUGGCCGAGAGCUUCAAGGAGCUGGACCCCGAUUCCAGCAUGGGGAAGGCCUUGGAGAUGAGCUGUGCCAUCCAGAACCAGCUGGCCCGCAUCCUGGCCGAGUUCGAGAUGACCCUGGAGAGGGAUGUCCUGCAACCGCUCAGCAGGCUGAGUGAGGAGGAGCUGCCAGCCAUCCUCAAGCAUAAGAAAAGCCUCCAAAAGCUCGUUUCCGACUGGAAUACCCUCAAGAGCAGGCUCAGUCAGGCAGCCAAGAACUCAGGCAGCAGUCAAGGCCUGGGCGGCGGCCCGGGCAGUUACAGCCACACCACCACGGCCAACAAGGUGGAGACGCUGAAGGAGGAGGAGGAGGAGCUGAAGAGGAAGGUGGAGCAGUGCAAGGAUGAGUACUUGGCCGACCUGUACCACUUUGCCACCAAGGAGGACUCUUACGCCAACUACUUCAUUCACCUCCUGGAGAUUCAAGCUGAUUACCAUCGCAGGUCCCUGAGCUCUCUGGACACAGCCCUGACUGAGCUGAGAGAGAACCACAGCCAAGCGGACCCCUCCCCAUCGAUGACGGCCACCCCCUUCUCCAGGGUGUAUGGGGUGUCACUGGCAAGCCACCUGCAAGAACUGGGCCGGGACAUUGCCCUGCCCAUCGAGGCCUGUGUCAUGAUGCUGCUUUCUGAGGGCAUGAAGGAAGAGGGCCUCUUCCGUCUGGCCGCUGGGGCCUCGGUGCUGAAGCGCCUCAAGCAGACAAUGGCCUCAGACCCCCGCAGCCUGGAGGAGUUCUGCUCUGACCCGCACGCCGUGGCAGGUGCCCUCAAGUCCUACCUGCGGGAGCUGCCAGAGCCCCUGAUGACCUUUGACCUCUAUGAUGACUGGAUGAGAGCAGCCAGCCUGAAGGAGGCGGGGGCCCGGCCGCAGGCCCUCCAAGAGGUGUGCAGCCGCCUGCCCCCUGAGAACCUCAGCAACCUCAGGUACCUGCUGAAGUUCCUGGCACGCCUGGCCGAGGAGCAGGAGGUGAACAAGAUGACACCUAGCAACAUCGCCAUCGUCCUGGGGCCCAACCUGCUGUGGCCACCUGAGAAGGAAGGGGACCAGGCCCAGUUGGAUGCCGCCUCCGUGUCUUCCAUCCAGGUGGUGGGCGUGGUCGAGGUGCUGAUACAGAAUGCAGACACCCUCUUCCCUGGAGACAUCAACUUCAACGUGUCAGGCCUCUUCUCAGCCCUUGCUUCCCAGGACACGGUCAGUGACAGGUUGACCUCUGAGGAGCUUCCACCCACUGUCGUGCCCACCUCGGCUGCUACCCCAGCUCCAGCUCUGGUUCCAGCCCCAGCCCCGGCCUCAGUGGCUGCCAAGGAAAGGACAGACUCUGAAGUGCCCCCCAGACCCGCCUCCCCCAAGGUCACUAGGAGCCCUCCGGAGACAGCUGCCCCGGUGGAGGAGACGGCUCGGAGGAGCACUGGGAGCUUGACUGCUGCAGUGGAGACGGCUUCGGGACGCCAGGCCCUGGUGGUGGGCAAGCCCAGCCCCUACAUGUUCGAGUGCAUCACGGAGCACUUCUCUGUGGACCCCGCCCGCACGCUCAUGGUGGGUGAUCGCCUGGAGACCGACAUCCUCUUCGGCCAUCGCUGCGGCAUGACCACCGUGCUCACGCUCACAGGCGUCUCCCGCCUAGAAGAGGCCCAGGCCUACCUGGCAGCUGGCCAGCACGACCUUGUGCCCCAUUACUAUGUGGAGAGCAUCGCGGACUUGAUGGAAGGGUUGGAGGACUGAGCCCGCUCGGCCUGCAGAUGCAGGCCUGCCCCUUCCCCUCGCCCCGAUCCUGCCUCCGUGAUGGGUCACGAGCCAUGUUAAGUGCCACUGGCUCCCUGGCCCCAGUUUUGGCUCCCUGGUGGGGCUGGGACCAAGGGAACGUUUGAGGGCCCCUUCACCCCUUCCCAGCAGUGUCUGGGCACUCUGCUGUCCCAGAAGCUGGUCUCCCAUGGGUUCAUCUUGGCCUGACCUAGCCAGGUGGCCUUAUUUCCUGCCCUGUCACCUCCCCUCCCUGAAAUCUGGGCCCUGAUGCCAACUGGAGGUUUCCCCCAACCCUGGACACUGAGUCCUCUCCUGUCUCCCUAGGGCUUCUAGAGCUCUGCCUGCCCCUCAGGGCCUGGCCCUUGGGUUCCUGUUGACCAGUCAGAGGUCACAUAACCACAGCCUCCUACUGUCCUGAGUGGACCAAUUCUAAGGCUACGUGAUACUGACUCACUGGUCUUGGGUCCUGAGAGGACCAGUUAGGGACUUGAGUGACAUUGGCCCUUUCAUGCCCUGGAGCCUGAGUGGACCAAUCCUAAGACUAACUGACAAUGACCUUUGCAUGUCCUGGGUCCAUCAGGACACCAAGAUAUAAACCCAUUGGUUUCUUAGAUCCUGAAUAGAACAAUCCAGACGUCUGAGAGACAGUGGCCCCUUCUGAAGACACCUCUCCUCCAUGAAGAUUGUAACCCAGUGGGUUACUCAGGGCUCUGGGGCUUCUGUGGCCAAGAGCCCACCCUUUCCUGGUCUUGGUACCUGUCCAGUGUUGAUGCUGGCCACAUCUUGGAAGGGGGGCUUUUGCGUCCCCCUUGUGGUCAGUGUUGGCCGUGCCACCUCUCCCCCAUACCCACUCCCAGCUAUUUAAUUUAUUUGUGUGCCAGUGACAGUGGGGGUGGGGGCAAGGCCUUUCCCCCACCUCCACCCCUGUUGUGACCAGUCCUCCCGUACUUAAUAAAGUGCGAGUGGGAGUGUU